CUUACCUGCGACAGUGUGUCAAUGACGCUCAUUAUGGACAGAGCACUUCUUGAGAUCGACGAUAACGCCCGCGAUGUCCAUUUCAUUGACGAGUCUUGUGUUGGAUACGAUCACGACAGUCAACAUGUUGCGAUCACCACCAUGUACAACAGAUGUGGCACAAAACAAGAGCAAGAUGAGGAUAAUGUGAUAUUUACCAACACGGUGACGUUUUACAAGCCAAGUCCAGAAAACGGAACCAUCAUCACCAGAGAACACUAUCUUCACAUCCCUGUGACUUGUAACCUUAAGAGAACACAGGUUCUUGGCGAGUCCUUCCUGCCACAGACCGAGGAAUAUGUAUUCGACGAGGAAGGGUAUGGUGAGUUUUCACUCCGCAUGGAGCGGUAUACUAGCUCCAACUUCCAAACACCUGCCAACGACUCCGGACUAGUGACGCUCCGCACGCCCUUAUACUUUGGUAUCCACCUGGCUUCGGUCACAAACCUCACCCUCCUCAUCGAGUCGUGUUGGGCAACAGGAUCAUCAGACCCAAUGGAUGAUCAUCGCUAUGACAUUAUUGAAAAUGGGUGUGCCGUUGACAGCACAACGUACAUAUACGCAGGGUUCCCUGCAACGUUCAAGGCAUUCACCAUCGCCGCUUUCGCUUUCAUUGGUGAUUACGAUAGGGUCUACGUCCACUGCUCAAUCCUGAUCUGUGACAACAACGACUCGGGCUCCCGCUGCACGCAAGGGUGCCUCUCACGAUCUCGCCGAGAUCUCCAGCCCGCCGGCUACCGGUCCAAACCCCAUACCAUCACCAGCGGUCCUCUUUCUGAUGCCUCGCGUUCUAGCAGGGCUAUGUUGCUUGAUACCGCCGAUGACGGACCCGAAUAUCAUGACCCUCUGAUGAUCGUCUCAGUGAGCGCCCUCUGUGUUCUCUUCUCCCUGACCGUCAUCAUGGCGCUGGUGAUUGUGCGCAUGCGUCGUCAUCGUCGUCCUGAACUAAUUGGCUAUCAGAGGGUGGAUACUACCGAAUAGGAUCAUAACACUUUUCAAUGGAAAUAAAUUACUUGGACUGUUGACAUAUCUCACUCUGAUUCUUUAAAUGUACCAUCAUUAUCGUGAUUAUAGAUCUAAAAAAUCGGUAUGAACAAUGGCGGAUCAAGGGGGGGCAUCCGGCCCGUGCCCCCCCCCCCCUUGAGAGCCAUGAUAAAAAAUAAUCUAAAUAUGUUGUUCUUUCACAAGAUUGCCCCCCCCCCCCUCCUGAAAAUCACAGCAUAUACUUUCAAUAGGGAUAUGUCGUUUAUACACAAGUGAAUUAAUACUUUUUUUUAGGGGGGGGGGGGCUUGUCAAAUGUGAACAUUUGAAUUCAGAUUCUUUAAAAUUGAGAGUCGAGAUAAAUCCCGAAUUGCCUGGUCACUAUCAUUUUGUCUUCUUCUUAGUCUCAGUUGACAUUCCUAAUGGCAAAACCGAUAUCAAGAACUUCGCGUUUUAACUUUUCUUCACGUUCAUUCAAUUAAAAGAAAGCUUUUGGUUUGUAGUAUAUUUACUUGUAGAGAUAAUUCUUCGCAAUCAUCCAUUCUUUGUAACCAUCCAUAAAUGUUAACAUAGAAAAGAGUAGACCUGAAUGAGUAAAAUCGUAGCAACAAUGUUUGAAUAACAAAGAACAACGUCACUAGUACAUACACAUGACUAUCAUGACUGUUCAAAUCAUAAACCAAGAUACUAUUGGAUUUUUCUCAUUUUUGUUCUCGCGUUGUAACUUGUAAUUAUGGGCAAGAAAGUUCUUAAUGUCCUACACCAUGUUAAUGAGUCGUCCUAUGUCAAAUGUGCCGCAAAUUAUAGUAUUCAAUUUGAAUGGAAUAAUAAUGGCACUUGUUGAAUUUUAUGUAACCUGAGAUGUGUAACAUAAAAAAUAAUUCAUUUGACAUUUAACAUCGAUUUUUGUUUUUAACAAUUGAAUGAUUAGGAUUAGGUUUCCAGUUACCAUGGUAUCACUCAAUUAAACAUAAUAAAGAAAAGCUUUCAUCUUACUGUCAAAGGGCAAUAGUCAGAUAUCAUCUAGCUUGAUCUUGCAUUGCAAUUCUAUUUUGCUACAUAUUGUAAAACUUCCUAAAUAUAAAAGAGAAAUUAUGGGUACGAUUUAGUAGGUAAUUGUAUUUUAUACUCUUUAGGAUCAGUGCAAUAUACUAUUCUGUGUUGGGGAAUGCAUGAGGGUUUUUUUCUCCCCUUGCAGUCCAUUUUUAUAGGAUCUAUGUAGUGUACUUAAACUAAUCUUUUCUUCAAUUUACGCAGCAACAUGUUUUAUUUUGCCCAUUAACGGGAUCGCUAAAUGUUUUUAUAGAUUUGGUUUUAAGCCAGUAUACCCAUAUCAAAGCAAUAUUUCAUCUUAUUUUACCAUUUUUAGACCAGCUUGGCACUUAGGAUUAUCAGUUUAUCGACCAAAAUUGGCUUCUAUAAACACUUAAAUUCAUUCUUGGCAACCGUUAUUCCCAGAAUUUCCAAGAUGUAGGAUUGAAACUGAAAUUAAAUUAGCCCGUAUUCUGAAGUCUGAAUCAAUGUCAUGGCCCAAAGUUGUGAAAAUUUUGGAAGGUAAUAGAUCUUUGGGGGGUUGAUCCGAAGUGUUCAAUGUUCACUGUGCUUUUUCUUUCUUUUAUGCUUCAAUUGCGAGGACUAUUAUUAAUAUUCCUGGUUGGCGUUUCAUAUAGCAGUUCGCAAUUUACGAGCGAUUUUACGAACGACUGGUGACUCUUAAAAAUCUAGUGUCUAGUCGGCAAUUCCAUAAAAUGAUCAAACUUUUUGUACGUCCGACCCCCAUUUUUCUCAAGUCUACUUCACUUCAUAAAUAGACCAAGUCAUGUUCGAUUGAGAACAUUACAGACUGUCAAAAGAAGAAGAAACCAGAGGCAGAAAAUUUCAUGAAGACCCCACAUAUAGAGGGUCGGACGUUUAUAUUUUAAGGAAUACCACUUACCACAGGGGUCAUCAGUCGAUCCUAAAGCCGUUCGUAUCAUUUUUAAAAGCACCCACCUGGAUAGUAGAUAAUACUUCAGGUGGCAAACGUGCUGAAUUUUUUUUUUCAUCGUUAAAGAUUUGCGUCGAAUUCUAGUAUCCAUACUAAAAAUAUUUUGGACCAUUUAGGAUUUGCUAUAAUUCAUUUUUCCAAUCUUAUACAUAUUUGUGGCCCACUCACCAUCGGGAAAGAAACAUUGUUCAAAACACGCUCGAAAUUAUCAUUUGAUACAUAUUUGAAUCAAUCGGACAAAGGACUCGUCUACGAUCUGUAUAAAUUAUUAAUCACAUCAUGGCAUCAUGACACGGUCAAUUGCAGGAUUGUCAUCCAGAUGGGUUAAAUUCGUAUAUCUUAUUAUGAAAUGAUUGAAUAUUGUCUUUCUAAUUUCUUCUAUUCCUUUCCAUUCUGUGAAGAGAAUAGGUCAACAAUUUGACAGUGUUCUUUUGUGAUAAGUGUGUAUUUCAGUAUUAUGGUGAAGUGUUUUAACCGUUGUCGUUGAUUAUGUCAGAUGACUAUUUUGUGCCUCUCAUGAGCCUUUCCUGUUCGUUUACCAUGAUUAAAUGCUUUUGGUAAGCU